CAUGUGCCGUGGCUUUCUGACAAGCAAACUGUUUGCACUCUGUGGCUGGAGAGAAUUGAGGCUCAGGCCAGUACGUACCAUCCAGUCUCAAGUCAAUUCUUUGUUGAACCUUGGGAGGCAGGAACGUCCAAUCCUCCAGAAGGGUCGGUAACCGGAUGGUCGUGUCCGUGACUCCUUCCUGUCUAUCGCCAGUCUGCGUGGUCUCAUCACGUUAUCCAUCCCCUCGAAUUUGCUACAAUAAAUCCACUGUAGCACGGUCAUCCCCGCCAUCAGAUGCUUCGUGUUGGCAUUCUCACGCUCGACGUCUGCCGUGAUACCUGUCAUGACUACUGGAAUCACCUCCUACUAAACUUCCUUUCUGACGGUGGCGUUGCGACUAUACGGACAUAUAAUACACGAUUGUCAAUGGCCCAGCGUGAUUCAAUCCAGCAUGUUUUUUGUCUGUUGCCAGAAAUUCCGAACAUGGAAAAAUGUCCAGUUUUCUGUCCCCUGCCAGAUACCCCCAAGGAGCUUUCUAGAGCAGUGUUCUCUUGGCUGCGCAUCAUAUAUCUCUCUGCUAUAUUUCUGUGUCACUUUCAUGAAUUUACUCCUCAUUCUCGGUUAAGCAUGGACCGUGAAGAUAGAAUCGCCGUUGCGCAGGUGAAGAACCUUUGCCAGUCCCUUCACCAUCACCGGCCUAAGAUGCGACAUUCUUCACUCUGCCAGCUCUUUGAUCUGCUAUUCUUCAUGUCACCAGCCCGGCGUCUACGGGCCUUGAUGGAGCAGGCUCAGAUUCAAGGUUCUGUCCCGUCAAGGUCAGAUGUGUUGCCUGAGCAACACCAAGGUUUACUACACCAACCUGUCAACCCACGCAAUUCACUCCUAUACUCCAGGUGAAUUGACCACAGGUUCCAGGAAACAAAUAUUCAUUCCCGCUACAGGAUAAAAGCCUGCUCUCAACGCUCUCCCACUUCUUCCCAAAACACCCUUUCUCCUCCAGCCUUCGACCAUCAGCAGAAGCCUCCCAGAAUAUCUACGACCUCAAAGCGCCUCCAAGCCUCAGAUAUCAACCAA